AUGAAUUCGCGAGGGAGGGAAGACGACAAGAACAACGGCGAGAAGGACUCAUCCUCCGUCCACUGGGGGAAAAGAAGGUUCGAGAACGGGGAAGAAAAAAUCACGCAAAAUCACAAACGAAAAUUACGCAAAGAAACGCCGUCGUACCACGGCGGCGUGGACGAUGUCACGCGACAACGCAUCGAAGACCGAAAGAAGAAACAACCCGGACACAACAGAGGGAUCGAAUCUUUAAACGAAAAACGGCACGGACGAGGAGGAAAAGGAGAAGGGCGGUUUGAUAAUAGGAACAGAAAGAGCGGCGGGAACGGUUUACGAGGAUUCGAAGACGAAGAAGACGACGGAGAGUGGGAAGAGACGCCGGCGAGACGAGCAAGGGAUAGCGGGAACGAGACGCCGUCUUUGAGGCACCUCGACGAUUCCAACGAAGACGACGAUUCUUGGACGAAUAAAGCAAAGAUGGGAUCGAUUAGCCAACCGAGCGGCGGCGGGAAUAGAAGGAGCGGGAAUAGCAACAGUUCGCAUAAGUUUUCCAUGCGCUUCGAGGCGGACGACGACGACGACGACGAUUCGGUCGCAAAGAACGUGGUAAAAGCGACGCCUUUGACGGCGACGCCGUCUUGGAAGUCCAACGAGUGGAUGAUGGAGAAGAUUACGAAGAAUCAAAAUCAAUUCGUCAAAGAAGGAGAUAAACUCACGGUUGUCGAAAACGAAGACUCGCUGGACGUGCUGGAGAAUCAACGGAUGGAAGAAGAGGCGAGGGAGGAGAAUCGAUUAGGGAAUACAAACAAAGAUUUAGAUCGCGCGUGGUACGACGACGACGAAGGUGGGGGUGGACACGGCGACGCCUUCGAUCCGUUCGGAGAAAAAACAGACGUGAAGUCAAAAGAACGCUUCGAGAGGAAACAGUUGGAGUACGCGAAACGGUUAACCAGAGCGGACGGGUCGUUGAUGACGCUGGCAAAUUCCGCGCGAUUUUCACAAAUUCAUAAAGACCACGCGACGUGGGAAGAAAACAGAAUGUUAACGUCUGGCGUCGCUCGCGUGAAAGAAAUCGAUUUGAUGGCGCAAGACGAAGAUUUCGGCGAAGAGAAGGCGAUUUUGUUAGUGCACGAUACGAAGCCGCCGUUUUUGCAAGGGAAAAGAGCCUUCGCGAAAGCGCAAGAGGCGUCGUUGCCAGUGAAAGAUCAAACGAGCGACAUGGCGAUGAUUGCGAGGAAAGGGUCCAACUUAGUUAAAGAAGUUCGAAUGAAAAGGGACGAGAAUAAAAGUCGCGAUCGGUUUUGGGACGUGAAAAACUCGAAAAUCGGCGACAUCACCGGAACGACAAACGAAGAAGACAAAAUCGCGGAAGAACAAAAGAUGAAAGAAGAUGAGGAAAUGCGCAAGCGUGGGGAGAAGAAUGACGUCGUUGGUAAAGACGGCGAGAUUGAUUUCAAAGCGGAUUCAAAGUUUGCGGACGCGAUGAAGGAAAAAUCUGAAGCCCAAUCGGAUUUCGCCAAGUCAAAAACGAUGAAAGAACAGAGAGAAUUUUUACCCGUGUAUAAGUGUAAAGCAGAUUUAAUGUCGGUGAUUCGCGAGAAUCAAAUUGUUGUCGUCGUUGGUGAGACUGGAUCGGGGAAAACCACGCAAAUGACGCAGUACAUGCACGAGGCCGGGUACACCACGUUUGGUAUGGUUGGGUGCACGCAGCCGAGACGAGUAGCCGCGAUGUCUGUAGCGAAGAGAGUUUCCGAGGAAUUCGGGUGCGAACUAGGUCGAGAAGUUGGGUACGCGAUUCGUUUUGAAGAUUGCACGAGUUCAGAUACAAUUAUCAAGUACAUGACUGAUGGCGUCUUGCUGAGAGAAACGCUCAGAGAUUCCGAUUUGGACGAGUAUUCCGCGAUUAUCAUGGACGAAGCGCACGAGAGAAGUUUGCACACGGAUGUACUUUUCGGUAUUUUGAAGAAAGUUGUCGCGAGGCGAAGAGAUUUCAAGUUAAUUGUUACGUCAGCGACGCUAAACGCGUCGAGAUUUUCGGAUUUUUUCGGUAACGUUCCAGUAUUUAACAUUCCUGGCCGAACGUUUCCAGUUGAAAUCAUGUACAGUAAAACGCCCGUGGAAGAUUACGUAGAAGGCGCCGUGAAACAAGCGUUGGCUAUUCACAUGUCUUACCCUCCCGGUGACAUUUUGCUUUUCAUGACUGGCCAAGAAGAAAUUGAAACCGCAUGUUACGCGUUGGAAGAACGUAUCGCUGAGCUCGAAGCAGACGCCGAAGGGCAGACGAAAAUCCCUCCGUUGGCUGUGUUGCCGAUUUAUUCGCAACUGCCUUCGGAUUUACAAGCAAAGAUUUUUCAGUCCGCGGAGAAAGGCCAUCGUAAGUGCAUCGUUUCUACGAAUAUUGCGGAAACGUCGUUGACGCUAGAUGGCGUGAAAUACGUCGUCGAUACGGGUUACUGUAAGUUGAGUGUGUAUAAUCCUCGAGUAGGUAUGAACGCGUUGCAAGUGUUCCCGUGUUCUCAAGCGGCGGUGAAUCAACGUUCGGGAAGAGCCGGGAGAACCGGUCCCGGAAUAACCUAUCGCUUAUACACGGAAAUGGCGUACAAAUACGAGCUCUUGUCGACGACUGUUCCGGAAAUUCAACGGACGAACCUCGGCAACGUCGUUUUGCUCUUGAAAUCGCUCAACAUUGAAAAUCUGUUAGAUUUCGAUUUCAUGGAUCCGCCGCCGAAGGAAAACAUUUUGAACUCAAUGUACCAGCUAUGGAUUCUCGGUGCGUUGGAUAACGUCGGCGGCUUGACAAAACUUGGUUCGAAAAUGGUCGAGUUCCCCGUCGAUCCUCCGUUAGCCGCGACUUUGUUGAAAGCCGAAUCACUCGGGUGUUCCAACGAAAUCUUAACCGUCAUUUCAAUGCUCUCCGUCCCUUCCGUUUUCUUUCGCCCGAAAGAUCGCGAAGAAGAGUCCGACGCCAUGCGCGAAAAAUUUUUCGUUCCAGAAAGCGACCAUUUAACGCUUUUAAACGUCUAUCAGCAAUGGAAAACGAACGGUUAUCGCAACGAUUGGUGCAACAAGCAUUACAUUCAAGGUAAAGGCAUGAAGAAAGCGAGAGAAGUACGCGCGCAGCUCGCGGAUAUCAUGAAGUCGCAAAAGGUGCAGUUGACCACGUGCGGCUCGGAUUGGGAUGUCUGCCGACGCGCUUUGUGCGCGUCGUAUUUCCAUCAAGCCGGUCGUUUACGUGGUAUCGGCGAAUAUGUGAACUGCCGAAACGGUAUGCCGUGUCAUUUGCACCCUUCCUCUGCGUUGUACGGACUAGGUUACACUCCCGAUUACGUGUGCUACCAUGAAAUCGUAAUGACGAGUAAGGAAUACAUGCAAUGCGUGACGGCGGUGGAGCCAGAGUGGUUGGGAGAAUUCGGGCCCAUGUUUUACACGCUGAAAAAAUCACACUCGUCGUUGGCGCAAUCGAAAGCGAAGCAAAGAGAAGAGAAGGAGAAGAUGAAGAUGGAAAUGAAGCAGAAAAAAGAGCUCGAAAACGCAGAGAAGAGGAAAAUCCAGGAAAAGAUGGAGGCGAAGAUUGAGAGAGAGUCGAGAAAGAUCGUCACGCCAGGAGGAACUGGUUUACGCGCGAGUGGUGCGUCGUCUUCUAUUUCCGGUGGUGGCUCGAAGUUUCGAACGCCGUCCUCGAAACGGCCCGGGACGGGUGGGAAGACGCCGAGACGUUUCGGGUUGUAA